UGUACCGACACCAGCGGCAGCGCGGGCUCAGACACUCCAGAUCCGCACUGUGGUGGUUGAGCGACGGGUACUCCGCUCCGGGUUUUGCGGCCGGCCAUGUGUGGCCCAGCUGAGGUGACUGGCAGGACUUGUUUACUGGUGGAGAGACUCGCAGAAAGAGAGACGGAAAGAGGGGGAACCUGAGGGAGAGCAAUCGCUAAACGGAACGGGAAUCCAAGUUUUUACACUUGACCCGUCUUUUUAAAGUCUUUUCAUGUUUGUUUACCUCAUCCUAUUUUGACUAUCGGAGACGGGAUACCUACUUUGUGUGCGUUUUUUCUAUUUUAUUUUAACUCUAUCGCCGACACUGAAACCUGGUUUGUUUUGGAUUAGCUAGCUACCGUUAGCUGUUUUUCCCCCAUCAGCUAACGUUAAUCAGAGAAAAAGCCAACGGGCGGCGCGUGGUGGAGAGUUUUCUCACUUCACAGCAACGUGCAGGUUGAACGCGGCCGUUGUUUUCCCCCCCAUCACUCACAGUAGAAAAGGAAAAGAAGUAACAUUUAUCUCCUCAAGUUUUCCCUCUGUUGUUUUCUUUCUUUCGUUUUUUUUUCUACCGUUUUAUGGGAGCUCCUUCGUUUUGCGGCGUGGUGGUCAGCGGGGGUGAAGGAGUUCAGAGGAAGGUCGUAGUGGGGAAAGAAAGCUGUGUCGCUGCACGUAGCUGUUCGGAGGAGUUUCCUGGGAUGUGCUCCCGUUUGUCUUAAGAAAAAAAAAGGGUGAGCUUUUGAGAAGAUACCAGCAAACAGAGGGAGGGGGGGGGACCAUAAAGACCUGUGGACUUCAAAAAGAGAGAGCGCAACCCUCCCACCCCUCCACUAACCCCCCCCAACCACUGCCAACUCCCGUUCUUGGCUCUGUGUUUGGGCGAUAUCCACAACUUCAGCCCAUGUCUGCUGGAAGAACAGAAGAGGAGGAGGAGGCUGCUUUUUAAACGCUGUGCAUGAGAAAAUGUUUGUUUUUGAAGUGGGUCUUUCCUCAUUGGAGCAGUGCAUUACAGAGAAAUGAGCCAGUGGAUCUCCUUCUUGGACCUCCAGACUAGCCCUCAGCGUGUGGGAUAUUAUUAUUAUUAUUAUUAUUAUUAAUAAUACUAUUAUUUCUCUCUUGAGUGGAACAGCGAAACCAAACAGAUGAACGCGGACUGUCGCCUUCACUUAUGGAAGAUGAAGAUUUUCACUCGUACAUGUGUCGUCAGAACCCAAGAUCACGUUAUUUAGUGGUCUGCAAUUAUUUCCAGGGCUCACAUACAUCACAAACUUGGCUGGGAAGAUACUCAUACAUUUAUUACCCCCCGGUUUACGGGGGGCAACCUCGACUAAGUUGAUUAUAUCGGAGCUUUUAAGUUUUUAAGAAAUUGUUGAAUACUUUUUUUUGAUAUCCCAGCGCCUUUGAAAGAAACAUUUCUCCUUCAAGAUUGGAGUUUUUUUUAUUUUUCUUUUUUGGAGAAGCUUCAAGAGGAGAGCACAACUUAUCCUCAAGUCAAAAUGAGGCGGUGGACGCUAAAGCUGCGAGCACAAAUUGUGUUUUUUAUCAUCUGCGCCUGUAUUAUAUGCCAGUGUGGACUCAUCAAUGGAGAAAUUUGUCUGAGUAAAGACAUCCGGAACAAUGUGACCAACCUCCAGUCGUUGGAGAACUGCACCAUCAUUGAGGGCCACCUGAAGAUUCUGCUCAUGUUCAAGACCAAGACCGAAGACUUCCGGGGCCUCAGCUACCCCAAGCUGCGAGUGGUGACCGACUAUGUGCUGCUGUUCAGGGUCUACGGCCUCGAUACCCUCACCGAUCUCUUCCCAAACCUUACGGUGAUCCGCGGCAACAACCUCUUCUUCAACUACGCUCUUGUGAUUUACGAGAUGCUGCAGUUGAAGGAGGUGGGCCUUCACAGCCUCAUGAACAUCACCAGGGGCGCUGUGAGGAUCGAGAAGAACCCAGACCUCUGCUACCUGGCUACUCUGGACUGGUCCAAGAUCCUGGACUCAGUGGAAGACAAUUACAUCGUGGCCAAUAAGAACGAUGGGGAGUGCGGAGAUGUGUGUCCAGGCACGGCCCAAGGUCAGACCAUCUGUCCGCAGAACACUAUCAACGGACACUUCAGGGGACGAUGCUGGUCACAGAACUACUGCCAGAGAAUGUGUUUGGACAACUGUAAGCAUGGUGCGUGUAGCCUCCAGGGCCAGUGCUGCGAUGACCAGUGCUUGGGUGGCUGCUCGGAGCCAGGCAACGCUAGUAGCUGUGUGGCCUGCAGGAACCUUCAGCAUGGGAACACAUGUGUAGAGAAGUGUCCUCCUGGAUACUAUGUCUUCAAGGGCUGGCGCUGUAUCAGUUUCUCCUUCUGUCAGGAACUCCACAACCAAUGUAAGCAGACUAAGAAGUUGAACCAGGACCGGGAAUCAAGCUGCUCUGAAUACGUCAUCCACAACGGGGCCUGUAUCCCAGAGUGUCCUUCUGGAUACACCACUAUAAACUCCACUAUGUUGACCUGUUCGCCGUGUGCAGGCCUGUGUCCUAAACUAUGUGUGGGAAAUAAGACAAUUGACUCAGUAACUUCUGCCCAGGCGUUGAGAGGCUGCACCGUUCUCCACGGCAACAUGAUCAUCAAGAUUCGUGGAGGGAAUAACAUAGCAGCUGAGUUGGAGGCUAGUUUGGGCCAGAUUGAGGAGAUCACAGGCUACCUGACUGUUCGCAGAGCAUACGCCCUGGUCUCUCUCUCCUUCCUCCGCAAACUACGCAUCAUCAGAGGGGAGCAUCUUGAGGGAGAUACCCACGCCUUCUUUGCGUUGGACAACCAGAACCUGCGUGAGCUGUGGGAUUGGUCCAAACACAACCUGACCAUCCUGCGUGGUCGUACCUUCUUCCACUACAACUCUAAACUUUGCAUGUCUGAAAUCAGAAAGAUGGAGGAGAUAACAGGAGCCAAAGAGCGCAACCAAAAGAGUGACAUCGCUGCUCGCACCAACGGGGACCAAGCCUCCUGUGAGACCAAGCUGCUGAAAUUCACCGUGAUCAAGACCACAUCAAAUAAGAUUAUGGUGAAGUGGGAGCCCUUUUGGCCGUUAGACUUCAGAGACUUGCUGGGCUUUAUGGUUCUCUACAAAGAGGCGCCAUAUAAAAACGUGACGGAGUUUGAUGGGCAGGACGCGUGCGGCUCUAACAGCUGGGUCAUUGCUGAUGUUGACCCACCCGCCCGUGUCACAGACAGCAAGGAGCAGCUCGAGCCGGGGCACCUAAUCCGACCAUUGAAGCCCUGGACGCAGUACGCCAUCAUGGUUAAAACCCAACUGUCUGCAUCUGAUGAGCACCAGGUUCACGGAGCCAAGAGCGAGAUCAUCUACGUCCGCACUAACGCCUCCAAGCCUUCCGUGCCUCUGGACCCCAUUUCUUCCUCCAACUCCUCCUCUCAGAUCAUCCUGAAGUGGAAGCCUCCCACCAACCCCAACGGCAACAUCACCCACUACCGGGUCAUCUGUCGUAAGCAGCCUGAGGACAGCGACCUCUACAAGUUUGACUACUGUCUACAAGGAAUGAAGCUGCCAUCUCGUACCCCGACCCACCUGGACAGUGAGGAUGAGCAGAAGUGGAACCACACGGACGAGCCCACCUUAGGCGGCAAGUGCUGCGCCUGCCCCAAGACAGACAUCCAGCUUAAGAAGGAGCAGGAGGAGAUAGAGUACCGCAAGACCUUCGAAGACUACCUCCACAAUGAAGUCUUUGAGAGCAGACCAUCUCGUCGGCGACGCUCAGUGGGAGUUGCCAACGCCACCCAAACCCCUUUCUUCCUUACCACAGCCCCCAACCUGCUAUAUGGCUCCACCACAGCCGCACCAGACGAUGAGGAUGAAGAGGGAUCCAAGGUGGAGCUAAAGGUGUAUUCAAAAGAGUCGACCGUCAUCUCCAACUUGCACCACUUUACUAGUUAUAAGAUAGAGAUUAUGGCCUGCAACCAUCCGACGGACCUCAAACGUUGCAGCAUGGCUACUUACGUCAGUGCUAGAACCAUGCCAGAGGAGAAAGCAGACGACAUCCCAGGCCCUGUGACCCAUGAGAUAAUGAAUGGCGAGCCUUCCUCUGUGUUCAUUAAAUGGAACACACCUCGCUCCCCUAAUGGCCUCAUCAUCCUGUAUGAGGUGUUCUACAGGAAGGUUGGAGACACGGAGGUUCACACAGCUUGUGUGUCUCGUCCCGCCUACCUGAAGUCAGGUGGCACGAAGCUUUCACUUGUGCAACCUGGAAACUACAGCGUGAGGAUCCGUGCUACCUCGCUGGCAGGAAAUGGCUCUUUCACAGAAACCACUUACUUCUCCAUGCCCAACAAGGAUCCUGGUUUAUUUGGUGUUGUGAUUGGUCCAGUCAUCUGCUUCAUCCUGCUGCUGUUCGUGGGAGGUGGAGUCUUUGUGAUCUUCAAGAAGAAGCAAACAGAAGGCCCGACAGGACCUCUUAUCGCCUCCUCAAACCCUGAGUACCUCAGCGCCAAUGAUGUGUAUGUUCCUGAUGAGUGGGAGGUACCGCGUGAAAAGAUCACGGUGCUCAGAGAGCUGGGUCAAGGUUCCUUUGGCAUGGUGUACGAAGGAAUUGCCAAGGACAUCGUCAAAGGAGACCCGGAUACGCGUGUAGCAGUCAAGACAGUCAAUGAAUCGGCCAGCCUGCGAGAGAGGAUCGAGUUCCUCAACGAAGCGUCCGUCAUGAAGGCUUUCAGCUGUCACCACGUGGUACGUCUGUUAGGUGUGGUGUCCAAAGGUCAGCCCACCCUGGUAGUGAUGGAGCUGAUGACCCACGGGGACCUGAAGAGCUACUUGCGGAGUCUCAGGCCAGACUCUGAGAACAACCCAUCAGGCCGUCCUCCACCUACGCUGAAGGAGAUGAUCCAGAUGGCUGCAGAAAUUGCAGACGGCAUGGCCUACCUCAACGCCAAGAAGUUUGUCCACAGAGACCUGGCAGCCAGGAACUGCAUGGUGGCAGAGGACUUCACCGUCAAGAUUGGAGACUUUGGCAUGACAAGAGACAUCUAUGAGACUGACUACUACCGUAAAGGAGGCAAAGGCCUGCUUCCUGUCAGGUGGAUGGCUCCAGAGUCUCUGAAAGAUGGAGUCUUCACCGCCCACUCUGACUGCUGGUCAUUUGGCGUUGUACUGUGGGAGAUCAGUACACUAGCAGAGCAGCCUUACCAGGGUUUAUCCAACGAGCAGGUUCUCAAAUUUGUCAUGGACGGAGGAUACCUGGACCGGCCUGACAACUGCCCUGAGAGGAUGCACAGCUUAAUGCAGAUGUGCUGGCAGUACAAUCCGAAGAUGCGGCCGAUGUUCCACGAGAUCAUCGAGAUGCUGCGGGAGGACCUGCACCCGUCUUUCCAGGAGGUCUCCUUCUUCUACAGCGAGGAGAACAAAGUCCCCGAGACAGAGGAGUUUGACUUGGACCUGGACAACAUGGAGAGCAUCCCCCUGGACCCGUCUUCAUACUCCCAGAGAGAGGAGAGCUUAGGCAGGGACAGCGGGCCCUCGGUGGCCCUCAGGGGGAACUAUGAGGAGCAUGUCCCCUACACACACAUGAACGGUGGCAAGAAAAACGGACGAAUCUUAUCGUUGCCCAGAUCCAGCCCUUCCUAACAUUUCCUGUUUCCUAAAUGAACUCGUUUAACUGCCCCUCCCCUCCCAUCCUUCUUUCUCUUCCAGUCUAUUUUUUUCUGUAUCCUUCAUGUUCCUCUCUUUUUAUUUUCUAAUGAUUUUUCUUAUUCUUGGAGAAACCCUUCGAAAAAGACACAGAUCUCAGGACUUUUUAUUUUUCUUCCUCAUGGCUGCCAAACACAGGCAAGCAAGGGAUGCAAACAUGGUGUAACACUUUUUUAACUUCCUCCACAACACAUUGGACUUUCUAUUACCAUAUUACCUAUCUAUUGUUUUUCACUAUUGCCACGUUUCCAGGACUCAUUGUGAUGGAAAAAGAGAAAAAAAAAAAACUGUGAACACAACAAACCUUAGACAACCACAAGGCUGCUUACGCUGAACCUCUUCAAGACUUGUCCCUCCUUUUCUCCCGCAACCCACCAAUCUGCAUUUCCACAUUUCUGUGCUUUGUUUUUUUUUUUUUUUGUUUUGUUUUUUUUUCUCCAAGUGAAAUCUUUUUACUCAGAUAGUGGCCUUUUUAUACGUGGCCUAUAAACAAAGAGAAGUGUCUAUCAGCGCUUAUACUAAUUUCCUUUUGAACAAUGACUUAAUCAGUUUGGAACUGUUUGGAAACGGUGGGAUGACUUGCAAAGACUUGAUCCUAGAACAAACAUCUAUUCGUAGAGGAAUGUUGUUUUUGUUUUGUUUUCGUUUUUUUUUUUUUUUUUUGGUUCUGCAGAAUUCCAAACUACACACAGAUUCAUCGGGUGUUUGCUGAAUAGUUUUAAUUUAUUUGCUUUUAUUGUUAUUUUCUCUAUUUCUCUCUUUUCUUUCUCAGUUUUAUUUCUGUGUCCUCACUAUAUGGCUGAAGGAUAUUUAAACAGUUAAGAAUUGGACAAAGGAGUUCCUCAGACUGACCAAUAGCUGCUGCUUUGAUAUAUUUUAGUGGGUAUAGAAAUAUAUAAAUAU